ACUGGAAGUCACUUAUUUUGACAGAAGCAUAUUUGAAUGAUCAAUUAUCCAAAAGCCUACAUGCUGCAUCGGUUAAUCUGAAGAGGGCUGCACCGCCUCUCUCGUGAUCUCAUUAGGUCGCACACACACGCGCUUGUUCGGAUUACUCCUCGAGCGCGGAUUAUGGAGAGGAACAGCAGACAUGACUUUGGACGUGCCUUCUGCGAUGUGUUUUUUUUUUUUUUUUUUUUUUUACGCGUUACGGCGUAACGAUUUAGUUCAGCCUGAAAUAUCUUGACCUGUUUCCUUGCACCUGACUGCCUUCUCCGCAUCAUUUGGCAUCAUGGCUGACAUACCCCAACUGAUUAAAAUCGGCGUUUCGCUGAAAACCACUCCAAAUAACGGACCAGUCUACUUCAAAUCGGACGGGACGAGAUUCGGUCAGACCCGAACCAUCAAAUUACUGACGGGAACUAAAUAUAAGAUCGAUGUGAUCGUUAAACCGGGAGCGGUUGCGGCGACAUCCAUGACUGUCGGCGGAGUGACUUUUCCUCUGGAGCAGCAGUCUAAAGACCCUCAGUCCGUAGUGUACACUGGGAUGUAUGACACAGAGGGAGUAACACACACCAAAAGCGGCGAGAGGCAACCUGUUCAGGUCAACAUACAGUUCACUCAGGCAGGGCUUUUCGAGACCGUCUGGCAGGUCAAGUUCUACAACUACAACAAGAGAGACCACUGCCAGUGGGGCAACAGCUUCAGCAGCAUCGAGUACGAGUGUAAACCCAACGACACGCGCACCCUCAUGUGGAUCAACAAAGAACUGUUUCUGUAAAAGAGUCCAUUUGUGAGAGAAGACAAUCUUAUGAAGCAACAUCUACUGAGCUAAACGACACACUGCCGUUCUCACUGAAAUAUGAAUCAGCGGUUCCUGAUAGCGUAGGGAUGUAGCCUUUCCUGUUAGUGACGAUUUGUGAUGAAGCGUGAGUUUUGUUGGAUUUGUCUUGGUGCUGCUGGAAAAUCAAAGCAAUGUCUCCGAUGCAUAAUAGUUGCACUUUACCCUGUUUGUUGUAUUGUUGUCUCUUUUGCAGUUUUCCAUCCAGUUGUCUACCUCAGAAGAACCCAGCGAUAUAUUUACAGUUUACAGAUUUUUAUAUAGAUUUCAUGUUAGAAUUGUUAGCAUGCAGUUUGUUAAACCGAGUAAAUGUAGCAUUUUUUGCAGUAAAUUUGACCCAUAUCAGUACAUCUGAUGUAUAGUGUAUUUUUAUGAGUGUUUUGUAAUGGUGCAUUGUGAUUUAUGUGCAAUAAUUGUAAGUUGGUUGUAUUUUUCCAUAUGUUUUUCAUUUUUCAAAAUGGUAGCCUAAUGUUCCUUAAAGAGAAAUAAAGUAUACCAAAAAUGG